UCGGAUCCGGCACAGUCAUUCUGCAAACUUCGGAGCGUUCGGUUGUCAAGUUUCCCGUUGUUCCCGUCGUUCUCUUUUCCUCGAUUUCAGCUCUUCGCUCUUCUCGCACACACACACACGUACGCGCACACACACUCAGGCAGGAAGGCAAAGAGAGGGUGGAGCAGCGAGAGGAGGCGACUUUUCGGUCGAAUUUCCCUGCAUUUGUUAUUGUUGCUGUAGCUGUGGCCCAGCUGUAUGUACCCAGUGUGCGUCAGUGUGUGUGUGUUUUUUCUGGACGUUCAAAGCGAAUUCCCUUUUCCGUCUGCGGCGCACGUCAGCCAGUUCGAGGAAAAACAGUUAGAAUCCAUUUGGAGGAACUGAAAUCCAAGAGAAACCAGCGUAACCCAGAGGAGCUAGCCACGUCCACCAGCGACGACUACUAAUCAUGGCCGACAACAACUGCCCAAAGUGCAAAAAAUCGAUCGUCGCCAAGGAGGCGGCCACCACGAGCAUCGCCUGCAGCGGUGAGGAGUGCCGCCGGCGCUUCCACCGCACGUGCGUCAACAUAGAUGACGCGGUGUUCGAAGCCAUCCAGAAAAACUCGAUGGUCUCGUUCCACUGCGACGAGUGCAAAAAUCAAUCGCCUCGCAGCUUCGCCUCCAAGCUGCAGACCAUCGAGGAGAAGGUGAACAAGGUGUCCAAUGGCGUCAAUCAGAUCCAGGGCCGGAUGUACCAGCAGUACUUCCAGUUUGGCAAUCAGCCACUCCAGGCUCUGGGCGCUGGUUCCGGCGGCAUGGGUCCCGGCGUUGGCCCUGGCGGUCCCGGCGGUCUCGAUGGGAAGAAGCAUCCGCAGCAGAACAACCUCAUCGUGGUCGGCAACAACUGCAACUCGGACCGGCUGCAGGUCGUCUGCGACUAUGGCCGCUGGGUGCAGGUGGGCAAGUUUGCCACCAAUACCAGCGAGGAGGACGUGAUCGAUCAUCUGGCCGAGGAGCUGAAGAUCAACAAGAACCUGGUCAAGUGCACCAAGCUGGUGAAGAACGACGCCAACCUGUCGCAGCUAUCGUACUGCAAGUUCAAGAUCUCCAUUCCGGACUACCGCUUCAAUGAGCUGUUCAACGAGGCGAUCUGGCCCAGCGGCGUCAUGGUCAGCCCCUUCACGCCGCGCUCCCAGCUUAACCAGAAUCGCCUCUAGAGGGACGGGCCCGGCGGCCGGGAGAGCGGUGACCGGGCCAGGGUGAAGCAGUGAGGAGCAGCUGGACCAGGGGAGCGGAGCGGUAGCACAGAGGAGCAGGAGAGCGCAUGCGCGGGGAGCAGGGUGGAAGGGGGAGGAACUGCAUCGUAGCCUGGCAAGUUGCCCGAGGGUUGCUAGCCACCACUGCUGCAGUCGGCAAACAAUACAGGAGAGGCACCCAACACCCAAUACACCGCCAAUAGAACCCCGCUCUCGCUGGAGGAGCAGGAGCCGGAGCAGGACUGGGCGACCGCUUCGUAGGCACCCAUUUUUUGCUAAUUUUCGACACUCGAAAACAAUGUCUAGAUCUUUAAAAGCUUACAGAACCUAUCUAAUGGAAAAGCAAACAGCGUAUUUAUUGAAUUAACUUUGAAAAUGCAUUUUAAAAUGUUUUAGCGUUGCGUAAAUAACAACAAAUCGAAUCGAAUCGAGUCGAUAUUGUGUAAUGAGAUCGAUAAGGAAAACCAAAAGUAUUUUAAUGGCAAAACUCACAAGUAAAAUAGAUGUGAAAAGCAAACAAAAUAUUAGUCAUUUAUGCAUAACUGUCGUACUUAAAUUAAAGUAAACCAAAAAGCAAACAAAAACAAAGAUCAAAUCCAAGCUAAGCGUAUUUAAAAACCACAGACACACCGCGAACGAUGAUUAUUCCGAUUAUAUUCCCAUUUGAUUUUUUCCAAAAAACACACACUUCCAGAGUUCGUUAUACUAUACUUUCCCCGAACAAAAAGUCUGUAGACAUUUUAUUACCACGUAUGCAGGUGCGAUAUUUCUAGCACAUUAUGUACUUAAUCGUAACCAAUAUCAAAAGUAUAUUCAACCAGACGACAACGGCUUAUAUUGUAUUCGUAAAUGUAUGUAGUUUGAGGCAUUUUCAAAGCUUGUUCCUGUUCCCAAAAAGUUUGGACAUUUUGCGAACCACUGCACAGGACAGGACAGGACACACUGGACACUGGCCAGCAGCUAGACCCAUUCAAAUUCAGACCGGAAUAUACAUAUAUGUGUUUGCGUUUCCAAGGGGCGUGUAUUCAGACCGAGAGGAGUUACCACAAUGCACGUUCCACCCGACGCGGUCUCCCCGCUGUCGAAACGAAGCUGGGAAAAUCUGUUGCAAUAAUAACUCAAUGAUCGAGUAUAAUGGAUGUACAUUUCGUAACUGAUAUAUUUUUUUACGCGACCCGCGUCGCUCCACACCAAUCCGACAGCAAUAUUCCGUGGGCUCCACGCCAAGCGAUCCGAACAGAACCGUAGAUAUUUACGCAAGAGUCAGCAGACGAAAUGUAAAACACACAUAUAUUAUAUAUUUAGUAUACAACAAUAUGCAUGCAUGUAUUUAUGUCAACUUUUUCAAAUAAAUUCUACAACA